AUGACGACGAACACGCUCCGGCCGAACCAGCCCGGGGGAGCCAGUGCGGCCCAGCACGCGGACCUCGAUGACUUGUACGGGACCAGCGCGGCGUCGAAGGACGCCCUCAGCGCCCGGCAGCGCCGGCUCGUCGUCGCCGAGCUCGGCCUCGCCUCGGGCCCCGGCCCCGGCCGGCCUGCGACGGCCGCCAAGCCCGCCGCACAUCGGGGCGCCGGCAUGUCCAGCUCCGUCACCUUCCUCCGCCCGCCCAACCCCCCCGCGCGCGCUUCUUCUGACAACCCUGCCGCCCCCGCCGUCCCGCAGACUGCUUCUAAACCCGCCGGGAGGCUGGCCAAGUUGAAGAAGAAAACGCCCAAGACUUCCGCCUGA